AUGUCGGAAGUGAACACCAGUACCUGCCGUUUCUACGAGCAAAAGUACCCCGAAGUUGACGACCUUGUGAUGGUCAACGUCAAGGAGAUUGCCGAUAUGGGAGCAUAUGUCAAGCUGCUUGAGUACGACGAGAUCGAGGGUAUGAUCCUGCUGAGCGAGUUGUCUCGCCGCCGGUUCCGCUCUAUCCAAAAGCUAAUUCGCGUGGGACGCAAUGAGGUUGCUGUUGUUCUGCGUGUCGAUAAGGACAAGGGCUACAUCGAUUUGUCCAAGCGAAAAGUUAUUCCUGAGGAUGCUAUUCUGUGCGAGGAGCGCUACUCCAAGUCCAAGGCUGUGCACUCUAUUCUGCGCCACAUCGCCGAAAAGCACCAGGUUGCUCUCGAGAGCCUGUACGAGACCUAUGCGUGGCCGUUGGCCCGCAAGUACGGCCACGCCUACGACGGCUUCAAACUGGUCAUCACCAACCCGGACCAGGUCUUUGAGGGCAUCACGCCCCCCAGUAUGGAGGUUUACCACGACCUCAUUGCCCAGAUUUCGCAUAAAAUGACCCCCAACCCCGUCAAGGUCCGGGCAGACAUCGAAGUUACCUGCUUCAGCUACGAGGGUAUUGACGCUAUCAAAGAGGCUCUGCGUGCCGGUGAGGCCGCUGGCACUGAACUGGUGCCGGUUAAAAUCAAGCUCGUGGCCGCCCCGCUGUUCGUUCUUACGUCGCUGGCCCUCGAUAAGAACAAGGCCGUCGAGGUGCUUGAGCAGGCUAUUGAGAAAAUCAAAGAGUCUAUCGUCGCUGCCGGUGGCGAACUCAAGGUCAAGAUGGCUCCCAAGGCCGUCACCGAGACUGACGAUGCCGAGCUGCUUAAACUUAUGGAGAAGUCGGAGGCCGAGACGAAACAGGUUGAUGGCGAUGACUAUAAUAGCGAAGAAGAAGAGGGCGAGGACUUUGAUUAG